GGAGAAACCCACUCACACACACUCACGCUCACACAUACACUCACACACAGCAGCCUGGUACAGCAAUGCAGAAAGAACCAGGAGAGCCUACAUUACUUGUAGCAUCACCUCAGAGAUGAUGAUGAUGAUGAUGAUGAGCUGGAUGAACAGUCCAGUUCCAGUGUUGGCGGAGAGGAGAGCUCACCACCAAGAAAGAGACGCAGGCAAAGCAGCACAGCAGCCCGGCCAGCUCAGUCAUGGGGGACGGAGAAAGAUGCUGAUGAAGCCCCACCAGGACUGCAGUUCCACCCUGCACGGCCACCUGGUGUUCAGCUGAGAUCCGCAGACACCCACACCCCUCUGGACCUGUUCAAACUCUUCUUCUCAGAGGGGACAGUCAAGACUUUGUGUGACAACACUAACAAGCAAGCUGCCAUGAAAGUUGCAAAAGGGUACAAGUACAAGUGGACUGAUGUUGGCAUCAGCGAGUUCUACAAAUACAUUGGACUGACUUUCUACAUGUCCGUGAUAAAGCUGAACUACAUCAGGGAUUACUGGCGUCCAAAUAAAAUUUUCUCUGUACCGUUUCCAGCUACUAUGAUGAGCGGGCACAGGUACAGCUUUAUCUCUGGGAUUGUUAAAAUGAGCGACCCACAUAAGGAUCAGGAAAAUGACAAGAAGAAGGGAACACCAGAACACGACAGUCUGUUCCAAGCGAAACCUCUGCUGGAUACAAUCCGGACUGCCUGCAAAUCCUUCUACCACCCUCAUAGGAACAUUGUCAUGCAUGAAGGAAUGGCAGCAACCAAUGGCUUUAGGUUAUUUGUACUUGCUGAUGCAUGCAAUGGAUACACUGUAGAUUUUGUUGUUUACACAGCAAAGCACAGCCGACGCAUGGGACGGAAAGUCUCAUACGACUUUGCGAUGUCACUCAUGAACCGUUCCUACUUGGGUUCUGGGUAUCAUGUGUACACAGACAGCUUCUACACAAGCCCAAAGCUCUGCAGAGACGUAUAUGGACAAAGCUUUGGUGCUUGUGGUCCAUACAGGGAGCACAAGAAGAACUGUCCACGCAACACGUCUAACGCACUGAACAAGAGUUCCGACAGAGGGGCCAUCAGAUGGAUUAGGGAUGGUCCUCUUGUGUUUGUGAAGUGGAUGGACACAGAAGAAGUGUCUGUCUGCUCCACGAUACACACAGCAUACAGUGGGGACACAGUGCAGCGGACACAGAGGCCAAAAAAUGGUGCUUCGGCCACCAAGACAUAUCCGUGCCCCUCACCUGUUGUGGAGUACAACAAGUACAUGGGCAGUGUUGACCUUUCUGACCAGCUGAUUCAGUACUUCACAGCACAGCACAAAACAAUAGCAUGGAACGGGAAGUUGUUUUUGCAUUUCCUGGACAUAGCUGCCACAAACGCAUACAUCAUCCACAACGAGCUGGCCUCUCAGCGGCAGCAAGAAGCGCUGACCCACAAGGCCUUCAUGAAGGAGCUCACUGCACAGCUGUGUGGUGUGUCCGAGAAGACCUCUCACAAGGAGACUCCAAACACACAAGUCAGCUGUGACCAUGUGCCCGUCCCAGCGGCCAGCCUGAGUUCUGAUGUCAGGAAGCGAGCUACGCCAGAUCAACGCCAAACCUGUCAACUGUGCCGGAUGAACAACGGCAAGAAAUACAACACUCCAUGGAAGUGCAAGGCGUGUGAUGUCUCCCUCUGCCUGCAGUUGGACAGAAACUGUUUUGAAGAAUGGCACAAAAGACCGUGACUACUUGAGACCUUGAACUUUGCAUCUACUAUAGAUACCGCCAUCUUCCAUGUAUAGUGUCUACUUGCUCUAGUACCGCCAUCUUCCAUGAGUAGUGUUUACUUGCUAUAGUGAUCUUCAAUGUGUAGUGUCUACUUGCUAUAGUGCGUGAUGGGCCUCAUGGUCUUUUUGAUUUUGCAUGUGUGCAGUGACAUGUGACACUACCGUGUGUGUAGUCUGGAUUUACCACACUGACACUUCUCUUGUGGAAAGGGCUUUCCUUUAGGAUGGGUAGGGGAAUGCGUUGAGGAGGUGCAUUUUAUGCAUAUUGAAUGUAAACAGACUCUUACUCCUUCUGCUGUUAACUGCUCCUCAAACAACAAUAGGAGCAUACAUUCUAGACAAGCCUUUUAAUUGUUUAUACAAGUUUAAUUGUAUUGUUAUAAUUAACCAACCAGAGUUAUUUGUUACCAGAG